UCCGAUUCUCCAUCUCACACACUUCUGCUCAUCAUCUUGGUGGAAGAAUGGCUCCUAAAAAAGCUGAAACAAAGAAGGAGGCUGCAAAGCCUUCUCCAGCAAAGCCUCCUCCUCCUCCUCCUGAACCAGAGAAACCCAAGGAGCCUCAGUUUGACCCAAAAAGCAUUAAGAUUGAGUUUACAGCCGAGCAGAUUGAAGAAUUUAAAGAGGCCUUCAUGCUAUUCGACAGAACACCUACUAAUGAAAUGAAGAUCACUUACGCCCAGUGUGGUGAUGUCAUGAGGGCGCUGGGUCAGAAUCCUACAAAUGCAGAGGUGCUCAAAGUACUCGGCAAACCCAAACCUGAUGAAAUGAACACCAAGAUGAUUGACUUUGAGACUUUCCUGCCUAUGUUCCAACACGUGUCCAAGUCCAAAGAUCAAGGCACUUUUGAGGACUUUGUUGAGGGCCUGCGAGUGUUUGACAAAGAAGGGAACGGCACUGUGAUGGGUGCCGAACUUCGCCAUGUACUUGCAACGUUGGGUGAGAAAAUGACAGAAUCAGAGGUAGAACAGCUGAUGGCAGGACAGGAAGAUGGAAACGGCUGUGUUAACUAUGAAGCGUUUGUUAAACACAUAAUGGCUGGAUAAAUGGAAAAAUUCAGAUCAGGCACGACUGUCCUCUGCAGUUAUCAACAGCUCAGCUCUUCACUCUCUAAUGCCCUUGAACUAGUUUUCCUGUACAAGAUUUUGUCUUUGUAUUUUUUUUUAAUUUGUGUUGCACAGAUUUCUGAAACAUCAAACUAAACAAUCUAAUGCCUUUGCAAAGAGCAAACUCUCUCCAAUUCAUUUGUUAGUAUAUUAGGCUACUGAACUGUUUUUAACAUUACAGAUUUUUUCCACAUCAACUUAUUUCAGUGUUUUUUGUACAAAGUCUCACUGACAGUUGGUAUGAAAAAUAUAAACAUACCUAAACAAACAUCAAAAUGAAAAAUUACUCACCUCAACCACCUCAGUUAAAGCUGUCCCUGGAUCAAUUUUUUGAUUGUGCUAAUAUUUUUUUCUGAUUAAAGAUAAAUUUAUUGUGAUGAAAGCCAAAAUAUUAAAUGCCAUGGAUGUAUAUUUACUAAAUAAUCCACUAUUUUAUAGAGUGGGGUCAAAAUGACAAUUUUCACCUGAGAUUCAGAGCCAAAUUACAGGUGUGUAAAAAUGACUACAGAAAGAUGGCAGCAUCAUAAUGUUACUUUUACACAGAGAUUGGUAGAUCUUUUAGUAAAAUCUGUUGACUUUAGCAAUCUUUGUUGCAUUAUGUGCCAAUGGUGACCAUUCAAAAAUGGGAAAAGAGCAUUUUUCAAGCUUUUUCUCCAAAGUUUGCAUGCCUGUACAUCAAGAAGUAAUAAAGAUACCUUAAUGCCCUUUUAGGUAUUGGGUCUUAACAAACUAUCUUUUUGGCAUCUUGUUUUUUAAGGCCCUGCAUGGUUCAGUUACAGAGAUAUUGGAAUUUCAAUAUGGCUCCAGGAGUAAAUUGUUAAAUUGUACACAUUCUGAUCAGUCAAAAUCCAAAUGUGGGUCACUUUGUAUAAAAAUGACACUGUUUUUUCUUUUAAAGAGGAAUGUCUGAAGAAUAAGUGUUGAAAUGUUGAAUAAAAAAUGUUGAAACUAGAAAUGUAUUUUAUUUACUUCUUUCAAAACAGCUGGUUUGAACAUACCUGUCUGAGUGCCUUAAGUAUUUUAUUUUUUCAAAGUUUAAUAAAUCCAUAGAAAAAACUUGCUAUUUUCCCAUUUUUUAAUGGGCACCACUGGCACAUAA